AUGGGGAAUUGCCUCUUUGGAGGCUCUGGCGAGGCUACUCAAGAGAUCGUCAAGGUGGUGGCGCCCAACGGUGGCGUCAUGGAGUUCUACACCCCGAUCGCCGUCCGAUCCAUAGCCGACGAGUUCCCAGGCCACGGCAUCUUCCGUGCGCACGACCUCUUCUGGAAUCCGCUUCCUCCCCACGAGGAGCUGGUGGUAGGAGAGUCGUAUUACUUGCUCCCCUACAAUGAUGAUGAUAACAAGACGGGAGAUCAUAAGUUGUUGUUAGGUAAUGAGGUCGUGAGAGCAGGCCAUGUCCGGUCUAAUAGCAUCCCAACGUCACUUGUCGCGCCGUACCGGAUGUCGCUGGAUUACCAAGGCAUGUUGAAGAGGUCGUACACCGAGGUCUUCGCUAGGGAUAGUGGCAAGAGCAACGAUGGGGUUUGGAAGGUGAAGCUUGUGAUUAGUCCGAAGCAAUUGGUCGAGAUAUUAUCUCAGGAAGGCCAGACGCAGGAGCUGAUCGAGAGCAUUAGAGCCGUGGUGAGGUGCGGGAACAGCCCAGCGUCCGGUGGGUUCUCCGACCAGUGGAGCCCCCAAGCAGCGCCAGCAGGAGUGGUUCCUCUAAGGCUGAAGGCCUGGUGGAUAUUUAGUUACAAUUGUAGGUCUCGAACUUCCUUUCUUUUCCCCUUAAUUUGA